AAAAAAUGAGUAAAUUGUCGUUUCGGGCGCGGGCGUUGGAUGCUUGUAAGCCCCUGCCCGUUUUCCGCUGCGAGGAUUUGCCAGACCUGCACGAAUAUGCCUCUAUCAACCGGGCAGUGCCACAGAUGCCAACUGGGAUGGAAAAAGAGGAAGAAUCGGAGCACCAUCUCCAGCGGGCUAUUUCGGCACAGCAGGUUUAUGGCGAGAAGCGGGACAACAUGGUUAUCCCCGUCCCCGAGGCAGAGUGCAACAUCACGCACUACGAGUCCCUGUACCCUGGGGAGUUCAAAAUGCCAAAGCAGCUUAUUCACAUACAGCCUUUCAGUUUGGAUACAGAGCUGCCAGACUAUGACCUGGAUUCAGAGGAUGARACGUUUGUGAAUAAGCUGAAAAAGAAAAUGGAAAUCUCCCUCUUACAGUUUGAAGAAAUGAUAGAUCGACUGGAAAAAGGCAGCGGACAGCAGCCUGUYAGUCUCCAGGAAGCCAAACUGCUGCUGAAGGAGGAUGAUGAGCUGAUUAAGGAGGUGUUUGACUACUGGAGCCGCAAAAGGAAAACUUCCAAGAGUGGCUGCCUCAUCCCUAACGUCAAGCAGGAGAAGAGGGAUGGCUCCAGCACCAGCGACCCUUACGUGGCCUUCCGCCGCCGAACAGAGAAGAUGCAAACCCGGAAGAAUCGAAAGAAUGACGAGGCGUCGUAUGAGAAGAUGUUGAAGUUGCGCAGGGACCUGAGCCGAGCCGUGACCAUCUUAGAGAUGAUCAAAAAGAGGGAGAAAGUCAAAAGGGAACUGCUACACCUCACUCUGGAAGUAGUCGAAAAACGGAAUGUAAUGCCAGAUUUUGGCAGCGAGGUGAUGGCAGAAGCACUGGCCCAGCGGGCCCUGGUGAAGCCUAUUUACACCAUCCCCAUCAUUCCCCUGUCCAACAGCAACCAGUACCGACACCAGGACCACAUGGACAUGAAGGACUAUAAGAAACCUGAAAAGGCAGAGGCAGUACGAACCAAAAGGAAAUAUGAAAAGAAACCCAAAAUCUCUCCUCUGUCGGCGCCUCAACAUUCAGGACCCUCUGUGUUCAAUCCCAAGGACCUCAACCAGUAUGAUUUCCCCAGCUCAGAUGAAGAGCCAUACUCACAGAUUCAUUCAGGUUCCUCCGAGGCAGAGGAGGAGAAUGACCCAGAUGGUUGCUAUGCAUUCAGGAGAAAGGCUGGCUGUCAAUAUUACGCUCCUCGUCCAGACAAGAGUGGCAGUUGGCCAUGGGUGAGCCCGUCAGAGGGUGGGCCCGGAAACCCACACUUCCGCUACUGUCCAACCUCAAUCAACACUCCGCAGCGCUGCAUAGGUUUGGCACGACGGCGUCUGGGCAGAGGAGGCAGGAUUUUGCUGGACCGAGCGCACACGGAUGUAGACCUCACCCAGAGCCUGGACUCCGACCCAGAGCCCGAACCGCUCGCCUCACCACUCGUAAGCUCUCUGCUCCGCAACACCAGUACCUCAGAAAACAAUACCUCGGACUCUACCAGCGCCGCCAACUUUUCCUCAUCUUCAUCACCCCGGUCGUCAUCAUCAACACCAGUGGACCUCAGUCAGAUUCUUUUGAACAUUAAAUCAUGCCGCUGGAGGCAUUUCAGACCGCGGACGCUAUCCCAUCACCCUUYAGGUGAAGGAGACUUGUCUCGUAGAGGAUUUAGGGAUUUUAGCCGGACUAUGUUGGGACUAACUCGGAUCCUGUCUGCUGGAGCCAACUCCCAGAACCGCACAGGCCCUGCCACCACUCCUAUCAAUGUGUUCACGGCUGAGCAGUACCAGCAGCAUCAGGAGCAGCUGGCUCUCAUGCAGAAACAGCAGCUGGAGCAGAGUCGGCAACAACAGAUCACCACCACCACCACCACCAACAACAACAACAACACCACCACUACCACCACUGCAACAACUGCAAACUCACAGCUUAUUGUGCCCAAGACGUUGGACCAAGCCAGCGCUCAGUUUGCUGCUUCAGCCCUCGUCACAACGGACCAGCUGCUUGGUUUUAAAUCCAAAGAGGAGUUAGUGCUGGCAAGUGGAGUCAAUGGGGUACUGACGAGUGCAGGCGUUUUCAAAAACCUACAUCUUGCCAGCACCACAGCGACGUUUCACCAGGCCAACCAGUCGACACACACUACCACCGUCACAGCCCAGACUUUCCUCCAGCCCUCUUCCAACUCAAACAUCUCAACACCUGCCACCGUCAUCCCCGCCAACCCUGGCGCUCAAGCAGCAGCCGCCCUGGGGCUCCUGGGAUGCAGCGCUGCAGGUGCCACCCCCGCCACCACUCAGGUCCUCAUCGGGAACAACAUCUGUCUGAGCGUGCAGUCGGCUGCCAGCCUCGCUGGACGCCACAUCCCCCGGACCCUUGGCAACAUGCCAGCCUCUGCCUUAAAGCUGUCCUCCUCCACCAAUCUGCAGAUGCCCAAAGUCUCUGGAGCGUCAUCCAUGGACAUGGGCUCCAGAGAUAAUCACGAUGAAGACAAGCCAGCGCUGAGCAGUUUAGCAGACAACACAGUGGCCAUGGAGGUGACGUAGUAGCGGUGCGGCGAAGAGUCCACUCUUCAGGUGCUGUGCAUCGUAGCAUCGGGAAUGCAAAAAGGGACAGCAGGACUCGGAAGCAGACUGGCAGCCUCUCGCUCGCAAUUCUCAUCUCUCAUACUUUUUUACACCGUUUUGCUUUUUUGGUUUUGUUAUUGUUAAAAGUAAAAUAUUGACUAAUGUAAACUAUAAAUAUUGCAAAAAUACUAUCUGUACAGUAACUACAUAUUUGUAAUAUCCCCCCGUGUAUAUAUAUUACUUGAAUACAGAACUGUCCAUUCGUGAUAUUUUGCACUUGGGAGUCAAACGUAAAAAAUAAAAUAAAAUUCAAAAAAGAGAGAGUAAGCCAAGUUAACUUGUGGCAAGUGUGAGAGAUCAGAGAGUUGUAUAGAAAAGAGUUUUAUCAUGUGCAUGGUGCGGAGCCUGCUGUUUUUAUCUAUUUAUUGUGCUGUGUUUACAUAUUUUUUUAAUUUUUUUUUCUUUUUUUAAUUUGUUUUUUUGUUUUUAUUUUAAUUUGUACACUGUACCUUCGUUUGUUCCUGUGCUGGUAGUAAAUGUUCGGUAGCUACGGACUCCUAGGUAUUUUUGUAUUCGUGAACACAAAGCAGGUCCCCACCCCCUCCACUCUACACAUUUAUUUUGGAUCCCUGUGCUUUUCUCUCUGUGGAUCAUGUGAAAGUCAGUGGUGGUGAUCAGGAGCUGGUGGAGCCCUGGAGGAGAGAACCAACUCUUAUCCAGAGCUUUUCCACCAUCAUGGUCCCAAACACAAGUAACAAAACAGGGAUGAAGUCUCUUCCCAGAAGCAUCUGCUGCUUCUGUUUUAAGCACUAUUUUUUUUCUUAUUGAUAUCAAUGCUGCUUUUUGUUUUUGUUUUGUUUUGUUUUUUUUGUCCGUCAUUUUCAUGCAAGCAAUCUCCUGUGUUUGUUUUUGACAUUUUUGUAAAGCAAAAAAACAAUUAUUUUUGUAUUUUUUUCUUGUGGUUAACUUGAUUGUAAUUUGAAUUAUUGAAAGACUUCAUUCUUUUGUUCAUUUGUUACUUGUCUGUGCGUAGGUGAUAAGAGAGUUGAACAGGCAGUUAUCACUGUACGUGUUUCAUCAUUCCAGUUUUUAAAUCAU